AGCUGGUAUAAUGAGUUAAGGUCGACGUAUCCAUGCAGCCUGUAAAGAAAAUUUCUCCAGGCCCUACUUAGCCUUUCCAUGUUUCCAUCGUCAUGCCAAUUUUAGCAAAGAUAAGGACACAACACCUUUCUGUCCUUCAUCCGCUAGUCCUACUCCACCCCUGAGAAGACAUGAACGUGGAACUUCCCCUGGUGGAAUUGCUCUCCUGCUUCUGGAAUUGCAUCACAGCACAUGGAGGUUAUGUUUGUUAUGAUGAAGAUCUCCGUACAUUGCAAACUAAGAUGGAAAUGCUGUGGCAGCUAAGGAGCCAUUUGAAGAGAAUCGCGGAGUCGGCUGACAGAGUAAACGAGCUGAUACACAAACUGGAGCAUUGGUUUUCUAAGGUUGAAGUUGUGGAAACUAAUACUAUUGAACUCAUGCAUCAGGGCUCUCAAGAACUUGAAAAUAACUGCCUCGUCGGUUGCAGCUGCUGUCCCAGGAAUUGCUGGUCCAGGCACAAGAUUGGAAGGAAAAUUCAGAGUACGUUGACAGAAGUGGCAGCUCUAAACACCGAAGGAGAACAGUUAUUGGCUACUCCUGCGGAAGGAACAUUGGAUAAGCUCCGGGGCUGCGUUGCGAAAGAUGAUGUGGGACGCAUCGGCAUAUAUGGCAAAGGAGGUGUUGGCAAGACUACUGUCAUGAAUGAACUUACCAGCAACCUGCUCUCAGAGAGGCAAUUUGACUACAUCAUCUGGGUGGAGGUGUCCCAGGAUCUCAACCUUGAAAAAAUCCAAGGUGAUGUUGGGAAGGAACUGGGAUUUGUUGAAGAAAGAUGGCAGGACAAAAGCCCCAAUGAGAGAGCCAAAGACAUCUCCGAGGUUUUGGGCCGUAAGAGGUUCCUGUUGCUGUUGGAUGAUAUCUGGGAACCGGUUAAUCUAACUGAAGUGGGAGUUCCUAUUCCAGAUAGAGCUAAUGGAUCCAAGAUGAUAUUCACAACUCGUUGUGAGGAAGUCUGCAACCAAAUGGGUGCUGAAGAAAAGAUUGAAGUGGUUCGAUUAACAGAGAAGAAAGCUUGGGAAUUAUUUUGGGAGAAGGCUGGGAAGAAUGCACUUGAUCUUCCACAGAUCCGUAAGCCAGCUGAAACCAUCGCCAAAUUGUGCGAUGGUUUGCCGCUUACACUCAUAACCGUCGGCCAGGCUAUGUUGAAUAAGACCUUGCAUGAAUGGAGCCAUUCAAAUGAAGUCUUAAAGAAGUCUAUCUCAGAAUUUUCAGGUACAAAAGAUCCUGUCUUUGCUUUGCUAAAGUUCAGCUAUGACAACCUACCCAGUGAUACAUAUAAAGCCUGCUUUUUGUACUGUACUUUGUUUCCAGAAGACUUUAGUAUAAACAAAAUUAACCUGAUAGAUUACUGGAUUGGGGAGGGGUUUUUGGGUGAAUUUAAUGAUGCAAGUGGCAUAAGAAAUGAAGGCAAGAAAAUUAUCAGUACUCUUGUUCAAGCUAGUUUACUGCAAGAUGAUGGUGAAGAUGUGAAAAUGCAUGAUUUGAUUCGUGAGGUGGCCUUAUGGGUAGCAUGCGAAUGUGGGAGGCUCAGAGACAAGUACCUAGUGGAGGCAGGAGCUAAGUUGAGCGAAGCACCAGAGAUCGGGAGAUGGGAAAGAGCAAGAAGGAUGUCGUUAAUGUCAAAUCAUAUUCUUAGCCUAACAAAAGCACCUAGAUGCAAUGAUCUUUUAACUCUCUUCCUGGGAAAUAAUCAUUUGAAGAUGAUUGCAAAUACUUUCUUUCAGUUUAUGCCUUCUCUGAAAGUUUUGGACCUGUCUGGAAACAGAGAUCUAAAUGAAUUGCCAUCAGGAAUUCUGAAAACAGAUUCUUUACAAUACCUGAAUCUGUCCAGGACAGGCAUACGACAGCUGCCGGUUGAGCUAAGGAACUUGGUGAAGCUGAAAUGUUUGAACUUGGAGUACACUUAUGAACUCUGGACAAUCCCAAUGGGAGUUAUAUCCAGCUUUUCGAACCUGAAGGUACUGAGAAUGCUUCACUGUGCUUCUUCAGAUAGAACUGUGGGAGAUGGUAUACAGACUGGUGGUUAUCAAUCCUUGGUAAGAGAAUUGCAGCAGCUGGAGAAUCUGAAUGAGCUAACCAUCAGCAUAACGCGCGAGUAUUCUCUUGAAACGUUUAGAGGCUGGGACAAGUUUCAGACCUGCACACAGGCUCUAUCCCUCCAUUUGAAGCACUCAAGGUCAUUUCUUGAUGUAUCUUUUCUAGAAGGCAUGAAAUGUCUGGAUGACCUUGAAUUUAUUAACUGCAUAAAUUUGAAGGAGCUAAGAAUUGAGCAGUCAUUGAUCAUGAGGGGGGGAAGCUUCAAUAGCCUUCGCAAAGUUUCCAUAAUCAAUUGCUCGAAACUGGAAGACCUGACAUGGAUUGUUGUUGCUCCAAACCUUGAGUUUCUCAUUGUAGCAAGAUGCUCCAACAUGGAAGAUAUAUGCUGCAAAGGAAAGUUGACUGAAGGAAAUGUCAACUUAUUGGCAUUGGCAAAACUUCAAAUUCUACGAUUAGUUUCUCUGCCGAAAUUGAAAAGCAUCUGCCCAGUUGCCCUGCCUUUCCCAUAUCUGAAAGAAAUCAUUGUUGAUGAAUGUCCAAAGCUGAAGAAGCUUCCGCUUGAUUCUAACAGUGCAAAGGAACACAGAAUUGUUAUUCAAGGAUGGGAAGACUGGUGGAAAAAUCUAGAAUGGGAGGACGAAAAAACUCUUAGAACUUUCCUUCCUUUUUUCAAAUCCUGUAUGUAUUGAAUUUGUCUUCUGAGUGACUAAAACAAGCAACAGGUCUUGAUGCUCAUCAGUUCUGAUGCAUAUACUUGGCCUGGCUUUCUCCAGGCGACUAAUUCUUUGAUCUCAGAAUUGUUCACCUAGUUAUGUUCUUGUUGUUAUCUUAUUAGACAUGUAAUUCAUCUAAAUGGCCUAUAUAAGCUAUGAUGUUAAUGAAUGUCUACUACAAUGUAGUUCAAUCUAAUAUGAUAAAUACCAUCCUAGUGUUUGAUCC